UGGAGCGCAUUGUACAAAGAAAAUCCAUCUCUAAUCUUUGAGUGGACUACAAGCAUGGCGAUGGCGUCCCUUCUUUCACCCAGCGCUGUAAUCCUACGCCCUCACUCAUUGCGCUUCUCACAAUCAUCACUCUCCAAUGGAUUCUCCAUUAUUCCUAUCCGCUCAACACUUCGUGUUUUCUGCUCUGCCAAUGGCAACAGCAUCCACACUUCUAACAAAAAACCCAGUCCAAAGAUUCAAAUGCUCGUUCCUUCUCUUGGUUCUUAGUUAUUUGGCGAGCGGAGUCAACAGACGAGAAAUUAUGCUAGGGAUUGGAUUCACCGCAUUUUCAUUUCAAGAAGUUGGUUCUAAUGCCCUAGCUGAGAGUGUUGUGGUUGCUGAAGAUUAUCGGACGUAUACAGACGAAGCGAAUAAGUUCAGCUUGGUGAUUCCUCAAGAUUGGCAAGUGGGUAAUGGUGAACCGAAUGGAUUCAAGUCGGUUACGGCAUUUUUUCCUCAAGAAACUUCAACUUCCAAUGUCAGUGUUGUAAUCUCGGGGCUUGGUCCUGAUUACACGAGGAUGGAAUCCUUUGGCAAGGUUGAGGAAUUUGCUGAUACAUUGGUGAGUGGACUGGACAGAAGCUGGAAAAGGCCACCAGGUGUGGCGGCGAAACUUAUCGACUGUAGAUCAUCUAAAGGGAUAUAUUACAUAGAGUACACACUGCAGAAUCCAGGUGAAAGCCGCAAACAUUUAUACUCAGCAAUUGGGAUGUCAUCCAAUGGCUGGUACAAUAGACUUUACACCAUAACAGGACAGUAUGCAGAUGAAGAAUCGGAGAGCUAUAGCUCCAAAAUCGAGAAGGUUGUCAAUUCCUUCGCUUUCAUUUGAUGAUUGCCACAGAAUUGGCCUCCACCACACUAUCAUUAUGGUUAAAUAUUUUCCACAUCUCUCUCUAAUUAUAGUUCUCUUUUGUUAUUAUUAUUAUUAUUAUUUUUUGUAAUGAGUUCUAAACAUAAUAUUGAAUUGUCUUUGAUGCAUCUAUAUUUUUACAUUUUCAUGAGGAUGAAUUCACAUUUCUGUUAAUUCAUAAAA